GCUGCAGCUUAUACUAUAGCUUUAAGAUACACGAGGACAACAGAAAAAGAACUCUACUUUUCAACCACAGCUGUGUGUAUUACAGAAGUUAUAAAGUUAUUGCUAAGUGUGGGACUUCUAGCUAAAAAUCUGCCUCGUUCUUUAAAGCUGCAUGGAUUCCAUAUAUGGGUGUACCAUAUACACCAGUCUCUGUUGGUGGACAGAAAGGGAAGUGAAACCACCUUAGGACAAAGUCAACUUUUUAUUGUUUGCUACUCACCACAAUCUAUGAAGACUAAACCUAGCAGAUGUGUAAAUGUUAACGUAUGUACACUUUGGGUGUGUCUUAGUAAUAAACCAAAUGUAUCUUAAAUCUUUGAACUACUUACCUAUAUUAAGAUCAGAGAAGAUUCUUUUACUCUUUUACAAUAUUAUCUAGAAUAAAUUAAUGGAGCUGUCAAAUACCUAUGUUACAGAUUUUCUAGAUCUAUUUUUUUCUCUUGUGGGAUUGUGUUUCACUAACUCUUUGUACAAAUGCUAUAAUGGGUUCAGGGUCAUGGGAAGUAAGAGUCGUAUGUCUCAUAUGGUGGGUAUUAUUGUCCUCAAAUUGACCACAUUAUUGAUUUUAAUUAACCACAUUAUUGAUUUUUAUACCUAGCCACUCAAAAUCUUUUAUGUGAGUUAAAUAUAUUAAACUUUGCAGAUGAUAAGAAAUUUGUAAACAAAAUUAAAAUUUCUUACCCUCACAAGUAACUUGUGCUGCCUUCAUUUUUUACAGUGCCUCGGUAAAUUAGCCCAGGAUUUUAUGCCUUCUAGUAGUUCUCAUCAGAUCAAGAGUUGGAAGAAUGAGGCCUGUUUUUGACCCAAAAAUAGGUCAGAAAGAAUUGGUUUCAGUCAGUUGAUAGUAAAUUUAGGUGGGGAGGCAUCAGUGGAAUAUCUCUGCAUUCAACAUGGAGCUUCAGGACUUCUUCAGAGAAACUGGUAGUCUGGGUAGAUUCAAGACAUCUUUAAGUGAAAACGUCUUGGGGAGCCCCAAGGAACUGAUGAAGUUAAGUGUGCCAUCGUUAGUGUAUGCCGUUCAGAACAACAUGGCUUUCCUAGCUCUUAGCAAUCUGGAUGCAGCAGUAUACCAGGUCACCUACCAAUUGAAGAUUCCCUGCACUGCUUUAUGUACUGUUUUAAUGUUAAACCGGACACUCAGCAAAUUACAAUGGAUUUCAGUUUUUAUGCUGUGUGGCGGAGUCACGCUUGUACAGUGGAAACCAGCUCAAGCUACAAAAGUGGUGGUGGAACAGAAUCCAUUAUUAGGGUUUGGUGCUAUAGCAAUUGCUGUAUUGUGCUCAGGGUUUGCAGGAGUGUAUUUUGAAAAAGUCUUAAAGAGUUCCGACACUUCCCUUUGGGUGAGAAACAUUCAAAUGUAUCUGUCAGGAAUUGUUGUGACAUUAGUUGGCGCCUACUUGUCAGAUGGAGCUGAAAUUAAAGAAAAAGGAUUUUUCUAUGGUUACACAUAUUAUGUCUGGUUUGUUAUCUUUCUUGCAAGUGUUGGAGGCCUCUAUACUUCUGUUGUGGUCAAGUACACAGACAACAUUAUGAAAGGCUUUUCUGCAGCAGCAGCCAUUGUCCUUUCUACCAUUGCUUCAGUGAUGCUGUUUGGAUUACAGAUAACACUUACCUUUGCUCUAGGUACUCUUCUUGUAUGUGUUUCCAUAUAUCUCUAUGGAUUACCUAGACAAGAUACUACAUCCAUCCAACAAGGUGAAACAGCUUCAAAAGAGAGAAUCAUUGGAGUGUGAUUUGAGCCUCAGGAGAGAUUUCUACUAUCACUAAACCAUUUGCAUUAAACUAGAGCCUUAAGUCAAUCUUGGAAGGUAGAUUAAACUGAGAACCAAUUAACGAUAUGACAUAAGAAUCAAGAAGAAAGCUAUAUGAAUGAACUGUUAAUACAGAGAUUUAACGUGAGCCUGUUUGGGUUCAAGCUGUACUGUUUAGAAUGAAGGAACUUUAUUACUGUAUAUAUAAAUGAUGUAUAUAAAAAGUAUGGAGAUGAUAUGGUAUUAAAAUCACGUGAAGCUACAAUGUUCAAGUAACAAGGUGUGGGACAAUGUUCAAGGGUUAAAGUGCCAAAGCCAUUUCUGUACUAACUGUUCUCUUGUUCAGGUAUCAGGGGAGAAGGAUGGCCCUUCCUUGUUCUCCAAUUCACAUACAAUAUUGUGUCCCAGGAGCAGUAAAGACCUAGCUCUUUAAAGAGUCAGAAACGAGACAAGCUAGUUCAGAAACAAACUUGAAUGUGUAAUGGAAUCUAUUUCAUAACUCAGACGAUGAUUCUGGGUGGUGACUGACUGAGUACUUAGUGCUGUAUUUGUGCCAUUCAUUGUCUGGUUCAUAUUUCUUUCCUCUUAGAAGGUAUACUUUUUUUCAAAAACAUUUCUAAUGUCACUUUUAUACUUUUUUUUAUAAAGUAUGGUUAAAUGUUGGGCUCUCAAUAAUUUGUUAAAUUUCAGUGUUUUUAAAAAAAUUUCUAUAAUGUUAAUUGGGAAAUUCAGCAAUAAACUUAUUUAUAUGAA